UUUCCUUGACGGCCAGCUGUGUCGGUUGCUGCCUUCCACCAUUCCCAUUCCUUUCCUUCACUUUCUCUCCUUCUCAGAUUUCUCUCCUUUUUCCCUUUUUCUCGAUUUCUUUCCCCUUCUGUUCUCUCUCUCUCUCUCGGUUGGGUUUCUCUUCCCCUCUGCUCGUCCUCCUCUACCGAUUUCUUCCGCGGCCGUGUCCUGGUUUGGGGCCCGACUGGGGUUGAGUCGGAUCGCCGCGAAUCGUUUACGAUGGAGAAUCGCUGGGAUUUCUUGGAAUGGCUGGGGCCGGACGCCUCGACGGCCGUGCUGAUGCUCCUGGACGAUCCGGGUGAUCUCGUGCGGGUCAGCUCCGUGUCCCGAUCGUGGCGCCGGUUCGUUAUUGCAAAUGGUUUCACCAAAAACUUGUGCCUAAGGAUUUCCCCUGAGGCGUCGAAAUUUGCUCAAGUUGUUGAAGUAAGUACAGUUUCCAAGACUACAGAAGUUGGAUCUAGCUCUGCUGUGGAAUGGCAAAGCAUGGAGAGAGAACACAAAGUGUAUCUGUACUUAGGUCAUUGUCUUAGUUCGCCUAAAGGUAAAAGGGAUUGCAUUUAUCAGGCAAUUUGUGCUUCCAGCACUGACAAUUAUCCAGAUGAGAGCAUUGAAAAUACAUUGGAACCUAGUGAAAUAGCGGACCGUAGGCCUUCUUAUUGGUCAAGUGGUGGACAGAGAGAAGCUAGCGUUCCAGAGAGUCUAACGUACAGAUUGGUCGCAAAUCUCUGUAUUGUCAGCGAAAUAAAGAUACGGCCUUUCAAAGCAUUUUUUCAACCUGGUGAUCCCGUAUACUCAGCAAAGUCUGUACGUUUUCGGAUGGGCUAUUCCAGAUUAGGACAAGGACAGAGUUCUUGUAUCACAAAUGAGUAUGCAGAACAUCAAUCAGCCGAUGAUGACAACUAUUACUGGACAUAUACUUCACCUGAAUUUCCAAUGUUGCAGGAAAAUGUUUUGCAAUCGUUCAAACUUCGUAGCCCAGUUAUCUGCCUUGGUGGAAUAUUGCAAAUCGAGUUGCUGGGUAGGGUCCAGAAACAAGAAACGGACGAUUUGUAUUAUAUAUGUGUGUGCCAUGUACAAGUAAUCGGCCGUCCACUAUCACCUGUGCUAGGUCUUGACAUUCUUGAGAGCACGGGCAGUUUGGUUUUGAAGUGCUUCCCGGAAGCUAGAAGCUGCACUGUGUCAGAGGGUACUGAAGAAGAUGAAGCUGGAGAGUCAUCUUCACGGCAUUCCUCUACUGUGAGACUCGGGCAUUUGAGAGCUGUUGGGAGAUGGAAUGGAGUAAGUCUAAGCGCACUGCUUGGACCCAUGCAGUUUUCUGACGAUGACACUGAUGGUGACAGUGAUGGUGGUGACGAUGAUGCUUUGGAAGAGGAGCCUGCAGCAUGAUAAGCUUCUAGACCGUCUCCCCUUGUGCCCAUCAUAACAUGAUAUCACAGAGGGCGUCAACAUCCUUCUUGGGUCUGUGGGAGUCAUAGGUCCACUUGUUCUGCUGUGCUAAUGUAAUAAUCUUGUGUCAAGAACUGAUAUGUAUGGCCCAUUUUGAUUGCUAUGGUUUUCUGGUUAUAGGUAUGUAUAGGUUUCAUAAAAUUGCUACCUGUCUCCCAAUGAUAUUACUGGAGAUGGUUCUCCAGUGGUAGCUUUUUCGCUUGGCUUCACGGAUUCCAUAGUUUUAGAGAGUAUUGUGUUGGGCAAUUUUUAGAGGCUCAAGAACAUUCUGCCUGAGUCCAUGGAUGCAAAUUUCUCUGAUAACUGCAUGGUAUUUAAUGCAAAUGUUUUAUUGGACA